CAACGAAAACAACAAAGGCGCUUGGGGGUUUGAAGCCGAGCCCGGGCCCGAGCCCGAGCCCGACCGAGCGAGCGAGCCCGAGACCGAGCCGCGCCGCCGCCGUCGAUCAUUCGUUCGGCGCUCUGCCGCUCGCUCGAAGCGGGCUCGAAUUGUUAUAAAAGUGGCAAGGACAUACGGUCGAGCCAUUAGUCGAAAUUUAUAAACGCUCGACGCGAAAUCGUCUCCGGGUCUCCGUCUCCGACCAGCGCCCCGAGCACGCAGCAAAUUUUUUUUUGUUUUCAACACCACCAAAGCAAUUCGUAUAUUGCGAUUCCAAAGAUUCCCCAAAAAAGAAAAGAAAAAAAAAAGAAGAAAAUUUAAUUAAUUUUUUUUUGGCCCAGACAAUAUACUUGAGAAAUAUUUUUUUAAAGUGCCUUAAGUCGCAAGUAAAAUCAAAAGUGACAAAUGGCCGAGCAGUGCAACAAAUAAGAGACACUUUAACCGCCGCCACUCACUGCCAAUCCUCGAGAGAUCGCACAUCGAUCGAAUCGAAGCCAAGAUCGUCCAGCCAAGGAUCCCGAGAUCACCGAUCACCGAUCACCGUGAAAAUCGUCCAGUCCAGUCGUCCUAGCCAGAGACCAGCCCGACAAGAUGCUGGCCGACUCGUAUCUGAUAAAGUUUCUGCUACGGCAGCUGCAGAUCCAGCAGCAGGACGCCGGAGCCCAGCACCUGUUGCUGGUCUUCCUCGGCUUCCUUGCCCUGGUCAGCCUGAUCCAGUGGCUGCUGCGGCACUAUCGCGAGCUGCGCAAGCUGCCACCCGGCCCAUGGGGACUGCCCGUCAUCGGCUAUCUGCUCUUCAUGGGCAAUGAGAAGCACACACGCUUCAUGGAGCUGGCCAAGCAGUACGGAUCGCUCUUCUCCACCCGCCUGGGCAGCCAGCUGACCGUCGUCAUGAGCGACUACAAGAUGAUACGCGAGUGCUUCCGGCGUGAGGAGUUCACAGGACGACCGGACACUCCGUUCAUGCAGACCCUCAACGGCUAUGGCAUCAUCAACAGCACUGGCAAGCUGUGGAAGGACCAGCGUCGCUUUCUGCACGACAAGCUGCGGCAGUUCGGCAUGACCUACAUGGGCAAUGGCAAGCAGCAGAUGCAGAAGCGCAUUAUGACGGAAGUGCACGAGUUCAUUGGGCACCUGCACGCGAGUGAUGGCCAGCCGAUCGAUCUGUCGCCCGUCAUCUCGGUGGCCGUGAGCAACGUCAUCUGCAGCCUGAUGAUGUCCACGCGGUUCAGCAUUGACGAUCCCAAGUUCAGGCGCUUCAACUUCCUGAUCGAGGAGGGCAUGCGACUGUUCGGCGAGAUCCACACGGUGGACUACAUACCCACCAUGCAGUGCUUCCCCAGCAUCUCCACAGCCAAGAACAAGAUUGCCCAGAACCGGGCCGAGAUGCAGCGCUUCUACCAGGACGUCAUCGAUGAUCACAAGCGCAGCUUCGAUCCCCACAACGUUCGCGAUCUGGUCGACUACUAUCUGUGCGAGAUCGAGAAGGCCAAGGCAGAGGGCACCGAUGCGGAGCUGUUCGAUGGCAAGAAUCACGAGGAGCAACUGGUUCAGGUGAUCAUCGACCUCUUCUCCGCGGGCAUGGAGACCAUCAAAACCACCCUGCUCUGGAUCAACGUGUUCAUGCUGCGCAAUCCCAAGGAGAUGCGUCGUGUCCAGGACGAGCUCGACCAGGUGGUCGGACGUCAUCGCCUGCCCACCAUCGAGGAUCUGCAGUAUCUGCCAGUGACCGAGUCCACCAUCCUCGAGUCGAUGCGUCGCUCCAGCAUCGUUCCAUUGGCCACAACGCACUCACCCACAAGAGAUGUCGAACUCAAUGGCUACACCAUACCGGCCGGCUCCCAUGUCAUUCCUUUGAUCAACAGCGUCCACAUGGAUCCCAAUCUGUGGGAGAAGCCCGAGGAGUUCCGCCCCUCGCGUUUCGUCGACACAGAGGGCAAGGUGCGCAAGCCCGAAUACUUCAUACCGUUCGGGGUCGGACGGCGCAUGUGCCUGGGCGAUGUGCUGGCCAAGAUGGAGCUCUUUCUGUUUUUCGCCUCGUUCAUGCACUGCUUUGACAUUGCCCUGCCCGAGGGCCAGCCGCUGCCCAGUCUCAAGGGCAAUGUGGGCGCCACCAUUACGCCGGAGGCCUUCAAAGUGUGCCUCAAGCGUCGCCCCCUGGCACCCACUGCCACCGAUCCCCAUCACAUGCGCAACGUAGGCGCCAAUUGAGGGGAUUGAUCGGACGGUCUGGAUCGGUCCCAAUCGGCCCAGAGUGCAGAGCACGGUUUUGUUCCUACAAAAAAAAAACACACACACACAAAAAAACCAC